CGGCGUGCGGCUGGUCCAGACCUCGGUGGAGGCGACCAUGGCGGCGUUCUUGCGGGCGAGCGGCGCCGACCGGGAGAGGAAGGAGGCCGCGCUGGCGCUGUGGACCGACGUGGACGUGCAGGAGCCCGACAUCUGCGCACCGUUCUUCAUGCAGCUGACACGAUUCCAGGACGGUGGCUACGCCGUCGGCGCCAGCUGCAGCCUGCUCCUCGCCGACCCGCUGUCCCUCGCCGGCUUCCUCAAGUCGUGGGCUCGCAAGCACGCGGAGCUCCAGGCGCAGGGCAAGAUCGUCGCCAACCCGGUGAUCCAGUACACGCGCUACCUCCAGAGCGCAGGCGGCGCCGCCAGGCGCGUCAAGUCCGUCCCAGUGGACACCGACAUCGCCACCGGCACCACGACGACGACCGUGCUCUUCAGGGCAGCCGGCGGCGGCACGUCCGACCACCGUGCCCUCGCGGCGGCCUGCGUCGCCAUGGCCAUCGAGAGGCUCGGCGCCAAGGCGCUCCCGCGAUUCACGGUAAUGGCCCGCGACGGCUCGGAGGGGCUGAACGUCAAGACGUGCACGGCGGAUGGUGACGAGAAGCCUUGUAAUGGGCACGAACAUGCGCCACGGGUCUCGCACUGGCGCGAUGAGGCCGGUCUCGAGGACCUGACGCUGGAAGGGAACAAGCCCGUGCACGUAUCGUACUGCGUCUCGCCGUGCGCCGACGAGGGUCUCGUGGUUGUGAUGCCGGCAGGCGGUGCCGAGCUCUUGAUCAGUGCAACUGUUCCGAAUUACAUCUACAUGUAAUUUUGAAAUGCCCUGCGCUACAUGUAAUUCAAGGUGGAAAUUCGAUGCAGGUUAUAGAAUAUAAUUCCCUUUGAGCAUCCAAAAUCGAUCCUGGUAACACCAUUGGGUAGAAACAUUGCCCUCGGCAACGGCAGCGGCACACCCCGGAGCUCGGGAAUGGGGAGGAGCACGUCGCAGAGAAGGAUGCCCCGCCAGAGAUCGACCCAGCCCAU